UAUCGCUUCUAAAGGUGACAAGCGCCUUUUGUGUGUUAAAUAUAUAUAUAUAUAUAUGUGAGCAUUCAGUAAUACAUCCGCUUCUAGAGCUCUUACAUUUGGUUGGUGUUUACUUUUAGAGUUAAUCCAGAUCUACAAGUAUAAGCCAAACGAAUUUUAAAUAUCACCGAGAGUUAGCAAAUUCUAUACUAUGUGCAUAUUGGCAUGUAAUCUGCAGUGCUUAAUGCUUGGACACGAAAAAGAAAGAGGCAGAUAUUUUUAAAGACUAUCUCUUUCUCUGUUUAUUGAAACUUGAUAAGUUGAUAGUUUUCUAUGAUUUCUGCUGUAAAUAACAAGAAUGGAAAAGUAGAGAAUGAACACACGCUUUUGUUCCUGUGAACUUAUUUUUCCUUAUUUGAUCUCAUAUUUAAGCAUAGUAUAUAGUUCACUUGGCUAAGUUGGAACUUCUUAAAAUAUAUAGGAAAAUAUUUAAGUAUGAAUGUCCGAGCCAACAUAAUCUGACUAGCGUACAUUUAAAGUAACUGAAAAUUACUUUAAAAAUUUUUCUGAAAAUGGAUGAAAAUGCACUAAACAAAAUAGAGUAUUUCGAUUCAACAAGCAAUUUAGUACGAAGACAAACACCGUGUGCCGCUGGCUUUAGAUCUACAAUGCACAUUGUUCUUUCACAAGUUUAUAAAGCAAUAUUUGUAUUUUUUUUAACGCAACCGUUAGCACUGUGUAUUCGAGAAAUUGUCGAUUCUAUGUAAUAUAAAGUUUAUGUUUUCUCCUAUCGAAUAAUAAGCGUAAGAGUUGAGUAAAAAGUAAACGGAUUAUUUUAUAAAAGAUAGAACACCAGUGUUUACAUGAUUCUUUAAUAUCCUACGAAAAGAAACUGUUUACUGAUAGUAGUAAUAUAUAACUUCGGCAAAAGAUAACUCUAAGGAUUUUUAUUGAAGAAAGUGGUAUCGAAACCCAAAUAAUCUCUUGACGAUUUUAUACGAAUUUGUUAUGGUGUCAUUGUGUGAUCAUUGGAUAGACAAUUUGUUUUUUACAAUAUCGUUACUAGGAAAUCAAUCAGACACCAGUAACAUGUCGAGGCAAUUAACAGUGUCCGACGAAACAUGUUUUUUCCAUAUAAAAAUGGAAAAGCGAGCAAAGAGAUGUAGAAAAUAUGGCAUUUGUAACAAUCAAGAUGCUUCAGACCCGUCGACGAACAUAAACAAAUCACGCUAUGAAAAUCUAAGUAUAGCUACGAAAUUUACUCCAUUGCAGCCUUCAUACUCAUGGAAUCUGGAUUUUGGCAUUCCCUAUGCUUUGUGAACAAUUUUACUCAGUAUUUUUGAAAGGACGAACAUACGAAGAUGUCUAGGAAAUUAUGCCAUUUUGUAAAUUUUUUCAUGCUAUGACUAUUUGUCUCAACGCUUGCUUAUUUAAUACAGUAACUUCUAUCAGCAAAGAAAAUCGCUAUAAUAACGAGGAAGAUGCCAUGUCAUUAAUUCAUCAAGAUAUGCUCAUACCGCAACCCAUAGCGGAAUAUUUCUCGAUGAUUAAUACAACGGCAUUGGGUGAUAUUGUCUACGUUAAUCUUCCGGAUUGUUGCCUGCCACAAUUAUCUAUUCCGGACGUUGGUGACCUACCAAGGAUACCGCCGAGAAACUUCGGGAGCGUAACUCCCGAUUCGUAUAAUGCCUACGAAUGUUACGUAUCCCCAUAUAUAACACGUCGACACAUUGAGGCAUACCGUGAUACGGAAUUAAUAUAUGAUCCAUUACCUAUCGAGCAUCUUCCACAGGAUGCCACUCCAAAUAAGAAUUUGCUUGGGUAUUUUUUCCCUGUGACAAUUACGGAUGACGAAAGACAAAAAAUGUACCACUUCCCCGAGGAAGAUAACAUGACUGGCCGAUUAACUUGUACCGAACUUGUACCGAGACUGAUGGAAGAUGUUAAUGUCACAUUGUCGACUUUCAAGCAGUGGUACAAGAUAAUACCUUAUCACAAUAUUCUGCGAAAAUCUGUGCGAUACAAUUUUAUUUAUAAUCGGCUCCACGAGCAUCAAGAUAUCGACGUUAACCAUGAGGUCUUGGAGACUGAGAGUACGUUAUAUAGUCCUUAUUUUUUUGACGAAACUGCCGCAACGAAAGCUGCAAUAUUCAGCUUACGAAGGGAAAGAACCAAUAACGCUCGUGGCUUAUGUUUUACCAUAGGUGAUGGUUUAGAUCCGGUUGGUUGGGCCGCCACAAUCAAUUAUAAUUUUACAAUGUCAGGAAGGUUUGCGCCACUAUUUGGCGUUAACUGUUCUCAACUAUGGUAUGCUACUCAUACAGCAGAUAUGUUGAUCAGUAGGUUGGAUAUAAUAGAUAAUUUCAUUGAUGCUAGCAAAGUCAUAUAAUAGUACUCAUAUAAUUCGUGUAGUUGAUCAAAGUAGAACAAAUAGUCAAAAUAAUAUCAAUCUGACGUUAUUUUUACAAGAUAUCGAUCAAAUUUACGUCACUUUUUGGUCAAAAUGACGUUAAAUUAAGAUUAUUUUGACUAUUCUACCUUGGAACAUAUCCACAGUUCAGUCCAGUAUCAUCCUUCAGCGAAACAAUAUUUUCAUAAUUGUUUAUUGUCAAUGAAUACUACUAAUUCUUCUUAAAAGAAGGCGUCGUAAGAUGUUCUCUAAACUGAAACUAUUUUAAAAAUCUUUAUUGAUCUUUAUCUGAUAUUCUUUUAUGAUCUAUAAUCUAUGAUUUAUU